AAACUUGCCAAACACCGCGUAUUUCCAACAGGUUAUGAGCCCCGGCGCUCUCUGAGUGUCCGUGUAGGUGUUCUAGGCAUUAUCGCGGUUACUGAUAGCGUUUAGGCUUGGCGCGAUUUUGGUCGCUCUGGUCGCUGAGCACCAUGGGCCUUCCUAAGCUCGACAAGCUGAAGGACGCGAAAGGCUGGCGCGCAUUCCGCGUGGACUUCUGGGCGAUGUGCGUCGUGGAGGAGUGCGUCGACGCCAUCGAUGCUCCCAUGCGCGUUACUCGCGAGCAGCAGCGGCGUGCGCACAAGAAGACGUACUACCACCCGUCGCGCAUCAGCCCGCAGCACGUUGCGCUGUGAACGGCUGAAGCGGAAAGCGCGGCCGUGGGAGCUGCGUGUACUGUGCUAGUGACGGCGUGCUUUGCCGUGGCGCUGGCUGUAUGCUGAGUAUGUUGGUGAAGCAAUCACUGCAUGGAGCUAGCUGGAGCUGGAGCUAAGGAGCUAGUGUGCGACGCGCGAAGUUUAGAAGCAUGGUUACGGGACCGGAUAUGGGUUUCCGUGGGAGCCAUCGUGCAGUAGUUGGUAACGCCGGAUUGUGCGUGCCUGAGCCAUGUGCAGGACCAUAUGCGUGGCAGACACUGCAGACUUGCGGCGUGCAAGUACUGUGACGUAAUGACUGCGGUGAUAGCAGCAUGCGUGAUUAGCUGCAGGUUAUAUGCAGCGGUUGGUACUGCGGUUAAGCAGUGCUGUUGUCUACCAAGGGCGCGAGCGGCCUAGCUUGCCAAGGGUGUAGACGUGUGUGCGAAGUGUGUGACUUGCGGAUUGAGCAAGCACGACGGUUAGGUCUUGUCCGACUAAACAAGCCUGGUAGCAUGUUUGCCGGUGUGCGCAACAUGAGAUUGAUUGAUUGAUGCGAUGCGGUAUAAGCAUGUGGGUAGGAUGAUGCAAUGGACAUGCGAGAUGCAGCGGAAAGCGUACGGUGAUUAAGACAUGCGAUUUAUUGACUGACCCAUCUAGCGUGAGACGGCUAGAGUCGCGUGGGAGCUACGUUAGCUGUGGAGGCAUGAGUAGUGCAGGAUGUGCGAAAUGAUUGACGUGUGUUCGUGCCGUCGACCACGUGGGAGUGUUGGAAAGUCGCCGGUAUGGUCGACUGUCACUCACACUAGUUACACGGGUUACACCGAACGUUAGGCAAUGCAGGAAGUAGCGUGCCUAGGAAAGUGAGGAUGAACGGGCAAUGCAACAGGUGCUGCGGGCGCAAGUAGCCGGGGAAGUUGCAUGCGGACGUUGCGCGAUCUAGGCGGGAUAUAAGCCGGCGUUGGCACGCCGGACUUACACCAGUCUUAUUCUACCUUACUGGGUCAAUGUAACAGUAUAAGGAAAGCUAGUCUACGCGAGCCUGCUACUCAGUAUACCGGAUGCGAUAGGAAACUUGCCAAACACCGCGUAUUUCCAACAGCAGUGGAUGUCUCUGGUCGGCCGGACACCGCUGGCUGACUGCUGUAAACCUUGCGCACG